AAAGUCAGUCGAUCGUGUAACCUCAAUUGGUUAUAAGGUAGGCUUUGAGCAAAUCACCAAAACUAGAAAAGCAUGGCAGAAGUUUCACGAAACAUCUUUAGUGAAAUUGUGAACAGUUCAGAAAUUCAUGGAGAAACGGUUGUCAAUCAACAUGAACAAUGCACAAAUAAAACCUGUGAAGAUCUGCAUCGUCCAAGAUUGAUGAUUAAAGUAUUUUGCUUGCACUGGCUAACGGCAAUCGCCAUUGCCGUCACUGGAAUAAUUUUCACCACAGGCGCGGUUCGUUCCAAAAAUAAUGACAACAUCUGCGACUCGUACUUUCUGCUCAUGUACCUGCAGGUGGGCUACUGUUUCGGAACCUAUGCAAUGUACGAUCUGACCAAGCCGUCCUGUCAGCGGUUGCUGAAAAAUGAUCCCAUCCUAUACUACAAACUUGCCAGCUACCGAAAGCGUCCGCUUCAGAUUGUUUCCUUCUGGAAGGCUUUGUUGAUCUUCCUCCAGCAGUACUCCACCAAGGGAUUCCUCACGGAAGACAAUGCCUGUGCCCGCUCGAAUGGUUUCGCCCUGACGUUCAUGACGAUUUUCAUUGGGCUGGAAACGGCGUCGCUUUCGUUGUUUUACUUCCCGACUUUGAUUAAACUGUGGAAUUACUCCCCCAAUGCAAUGGUUCUGCAACCAACCAUGAGAACACUUCCACCGAGCGCAAUAAUUACAUUGCAUCAAGAUGAUUCUGAAGAAUUGAAAUUCGAGUUGCAGAAAUCGGCCGACCAGUUACGGCUCGAAGAUGUUGAAAAUACCAAGCUUCGAAAGCGCGUCGAAGAGUUGACACACACCGUAGAGGCUUCCGAGUCUACAAGCGUAGAUCAAUGAUACUCGAUGCUGAGAGCACACAAUUCACCAAUAUUUAGGAUACAAAAUUAUUUUGUAUUUAUUUUGUUGUUUUUCAUCGUUAAUCAAAUGUUUCAUGUAUUAAGUUACAAUAAAAUUC